ACAUCUAUCCUUGUCCAACAUGAGCAAGAUGAGAAAAUCGUGGCAGGAAGUUGUGGCAGCAAAGGUUGAUGCUCGCGACGCGUUGAUAGAAACACACUGCACCAGCAACGAUACAUCGAGACUAGAGAACAUCACGGCAAUAGACGAUGCCAAUAGGCUGACUCAACUACUGAGUUCCGGCAGCGUUACCGCAGAGGAUAUAACCAACUGUCUCACGGAAGUUUGCUUCACUCAUGCCAUAUCGCAGGCAAAACGUCUUGACGACUACCAACGAGAGCAUGGUAAACUGUUCGGCCCCCUCCACGGCAUACCGAUCUCUCUUAAAGAUCAAUUCAAUGUCAAAGGAUAUGAUUCAACCCUAGGUUAUGUCGGUCGUGCAUUAUAUCCAGCAGACUCCAAUGCACUUCUCGUCGAUAUCCUGCAAGGACUCGGUGCCAUAGUUCUUGCGAAAACCAAUUUGCCGCAGAGCAUUAUGAAUCCGCUGUGGGGCCUGACCACACACCCGAUGAACAAAAGCUUCACUCCUGGAGGCUCCUCCGGCGGGGAGGCAGCUCUUCUGGCUUUACAUGGUUCACUGAUUGGUUGGGGAACUGACAUCGGCGGCUCCAUCCGUAUCCCUAGCCAUAUGAACGGGCUCUGGGGGUUCAAGCCUAGUCACGUGCCCUCAGCUGUUGGUCCCAUGACAAGAUCUCUUAGCUCCAUGAGUCUUGUUACGAGGCUUAUGAUUGAAGCAAAGCCUUGGUCUCUAGACUCACAGCUACCUCCAAUGCCUUGGAAGGAUCAUGUCUACAAAACUUUCUCUUCCAGAUCUCUUGUCAUCGGGGUGAUGCCCGACGACGGUGUGGUCAAAGUUCACCCACCGAUAGCACGUGUGUUCCGCGAAACAGUAGCAAGAUUGCAGACCGCCGGUCACGAGAUCGUGGAGUGGGACAAUUCAUUGAACAGCAAGUGUAUCGCUGUCAUGCUCACAACAGCANNGGACGAAUAUUAUACUGCAGACGGAGGCGAAGACAUCCGAUCUGCCGUACUCCAAGGCGGCGAGCCAUUUGUACCGCAUGUACAAGCCCUGAUUGAUCGUGGUUCAGCAAUCACAGUCUACCAAUACUGGCAAUUGAACAAGAGAAAAGUGGCCGCUCAACAAGCAUACCUCGAGAUGUGGAACAGCAUGCAAACUCCAUCAGGACGUCCAGUUGAUAUACUGCUUGUCCCCACCAUGCCACAUACCGCUGUACCUCAUCGCUGCUGCCGCUGGGUGGGUUACACCAAGUUGUUCAACUUUCUCGAUUAUCCGGCGUUGUCGUUUCCCGCGGGGAGAGUUAACAAAGAGGUUGACAGCAAAGUGGAUCAGGAAUAUGUUGCUCGUAAUGAUCUUGAUGCUUGGAACCAGAAAUUAUAUGACCUUGAGGCCAUGCAUGGCCAUCACAUUGGUCUGCAGAUCGUUGGGCGCAAAUUCGAAGAAGAGAAGGUGCUGGGGGCAGCUCAGCAGAUAGAAAGCUUACUC